CCUGGCGGGCUCCAGGCUCGAGAGUUCCCGGGUGCGUUCCGGCUCCUCUGCCCUGGCCGGUGUUCUCUCUCUGUCUCCAGCAACCGAGCAGAGGCCCAACCCCGCCUGGGACAGCAGAGCCGCCCCGGAGAACGAAAUGUGCUGCGAGAAGUGGAGCCACGUGGCCGAAAUGCUGCUCUUCAUUGAAGACCGCGACGAGGAGGACACGAUCCACUGCCUCUGCUCCCGGGCGUUUGUGGAGGAUCGAAAACUGUACAACUUGGGGUUAAAAGGCUACUAUGUCAGAAGCAGUGACAAUAAUGCAGGAGACCAAGCUACAGAAGAAGAAGAAGAAGAUGAUGAUCAUUCUCCUGGCACCUCAGAAUCACACAGCAAAGACAUGAGCCCAGAUGAAAGUGAGCUUGAUUCCGAGGCCAAACUCAUGAGAAGUAUGGGACUGCCGGUUCAGUUUGGAAGAGUGUCUGCCCAUAAGAGUUUUGAGGUGUCUAUGAAUGCUAGAAAUAAAUUUAAAGUGAAGCAGAAAAAGAGAAAGCACCAGAAGAAGUACUUGGAUGAAAUGAUCCGAGAGUCGUGGAGAGAUGACUGUGAAGACGCUGAUGCUGUGGUGUCAGAUGACCCGCUGGCAGUUGAGCACUGUGACGACAGCAGAACAUGUGAACUCCAGAGCAGAACAGAUACCGAGACAGAAAACCUUCCUGUUGAAAAUACACCGUCCCCAAAGCUAGAGGUCACAGAGAACUGGGAAAGGUAUUGGAAUGAAUAUGGAGAAGGGCUGUUGUGGCAAAGCUGGCAGGAAAAGCAUCCAGAUCAGACACAAUCUUCUGAACCUUGGAACCUCCCCGAUACAAAGGAAGAAUGGGAGCAACAUUAUAGUCAGCUUUAUUGGUAUUAUCUGGAACAGUUUCGGUAUUGGGAAGCUCAGGGUUGGACUUUUGCGGCCUCACAAGACAGUGGUCUAGAUGCUGAUGCAUCUCAAACAGAAGCUGACAAAAGAGACGAGAGCAGCAUGAAAGUGGAUUUACUGUCUCAUUCAUCUUCACCUAACACAGCUGAUGAUGAAAGCUCUGGCUCAAAUGAUAAAGAUCACGAUGAAAUACUUGCUGGAAUUAACAAUAUAAUUCUGAGUUCGGAGGAAGUAGAACAGAGCCAGUUAGAGUCCUCCGUACACUGUGACAAGCAGCAGCUGAGUGAGAGCAGCAGCGGCAAAGAGUGUCCUGCCUCUGGAGGACGUGACCCCAGUAAUGGAACACCCAAGGAAAGUAACGCAUCUGGGAACAGAAGCACAGACCAAUCAGCUCAAGAGUUGGAGUCUUCAGGACCAGACACAGGCAGUGACCCCGCACACCCCAACAGGGCUGAUGGCAAUGAGAGUGACGAUGAUCCGCCCGAGCAGAGGCCCAGCAGAGUGAAGAGAAGCCAUGAAUUGGACAUUGAUGAAAACCCAGAUACAGAAGUUGAUGACAAUGGUUUCCUUCUAGGAUUCAAGCAUGGCACAGGACAAAAAUAUGGUGGAAUUCAAAAUUUCAGUCAUCGGCAGGUCAGAUAUCUAGAGAAGAACUUGAAACACAAGUCAAAGUACCUGGAUAUGCGCACGCAAAUGACUGUGAAGAACAGACACAUCCGUUUCACGGAAGAGUUGGGGAAACCCCUUCUCAAGAAGAGUAAAGUGCGGAAUAAGGUGGAGAAAUUCCUAAAAUGGGUUUGUGAACCAGUGGAUGAGGAGCCGUCCCAGGAGUCGCUUUCUCAUAGCAAGACACAAGACACUUGCACAAGCAGUGACUCUGAGGAGCAAGACAUGGCCUUGGAAAAAGCCGAUGACCUGACGGAGGCCAGGGAUCCAGAGCCUGACACCUGUCAGGCCAUCUCCUCAGCCAGUGAGCCUGAGGCAGAAAAGAGUGAAGGAGCUUCCACAGCAACUGCUCCAGAGAAGCAGGACCGUGUGCCUGAAGAGAUGGCUGACUCUCCCCAAGCGGAAACAGGAGUUGAAAUGAAGAAGAAGAAGAAAAAUAAGAAGAAAAACAAGAACAAAAAAAUAAAUGGUCUGCCACCCGAAAUAGCCUCUGUUCCAGAGCUGGCAAAAUACUGGGCCCAGAGGUACAGGCUCUUUUCUCGUUUUGAUGAUGGGAUCAAGUUGGACAAAGAGGGCUGGUUUUCAGUUACCCCUGAGAAGAUUGCUGAGCACAUUGCUGGCCGUGUCAGUCAGUCCUUCAAGUGUGACGUUGUAGUGGAUGCUUUCUGUGGGGUUGGAGGAAAUACCAUUCAGUUCGCCUUAACAGGGAAGAGAGUGAUUGCCAUUGAUAUCGACCCAGUUAAGAUUGAUCUUGCUCGUAAUAAUGCUGAAGUUUAUGGAAUAGCAGAUAAGAUAGAGUUUAUAUGUGGCGAUUUCCUACUCUUGGCUCCCUGUUUAAAGGCUGAUGUUGUGUUUCUAAGCCCGCCGUGGGGGGGACCAGAUUAUGCCACCGCAGAGACCUUCGACAUUAGGACGAUGAUGUUCCCUGAUGGCUUCGAAAUUUUUAGGCUUUCCCAGAAGAUCACUAAUAAUAUUGUGUAUUUUCUUCCAAGAAAUGCUGACAUUGACCAGGUGGCAUCCUUGGCUGGGCCUGGAGGGCAAGUGGAAAUAGAGCAGAACUUUCUUAACAACAAAUUAAAGACAAUCACUGCAUAUUUUGGUGACCUGAUCAGAAGACCGGCCUCUGAAGCAGAAGUGGAGGAUAACUGAAGACAGAGAUUGCGCUUUGGUUUCCCAGUCACCCAGACACAAAUAACGUCACAGUAACUGCAUUAAUUACAGCACUGUUUGGCCAGCAGCUCAGGUGUCUUCCUGACUAGCUCUUACAUCUUAAAUUAACCCAUUCUGUUCAUCU